AAGACAUAAUUAAUCGAUCGCCGACGUCUGCGCUCUGCUUGAAUUGCGCUCUGGCCACCAUUCCCUCUCUGCCCAGCUGCACCCAGUUUUCUGCUCGUCCACUGGAGAAAUGGCAACGACGGUGAAGCUGAACACCGGUGCUUUAAUGCCCUUGGUCGGGCUUGGGACAUGGAAGUCUCCUGCUGGUAAAGUGACAGAAGCAGUCAAAGCGGCCAUCGCUGCAGGUUACAGGCACAUUGACGGCGCAUACGUCUACCACAACGAGGCUGAGGUGGGAGAAGGUGUUCAUGCCAUGAUCAAGGAAGGUGUGGUAAAGAGAGAGGAUCUUUUCAUUGUCAGCAAGCUGUGGUGCACUUUCCAUAAGAAGUCAAUGGUGAGGCCAGCCUGUGAGAAGACCCUCAGUGAUCUGAAACUGGAAUAUGUAGACCUCUAUUUGGUGCACUGGCCAUUGGGUUUUAAGCCUGGCAGUGACGACCUUCCCGUUGACAGCGAGGGAAAGCUUAUCAGUGAUGACACUUACUUCUUGGAGACUUGGGAGGCCAUGGAAGAACUGGUUGACGCUGGUUUGGUCAAAGCUAUCGGUAUCUCCAACUUCAACAAGGAUCAGAUUGAAGCCAUUCUCAAUAAGCCAGGCCUUAAAUACAGGCCUGCCACCAACCAGGUGGAGUGCCACCCAUACUUGACGCAGGAAAAGCUGAUCAACUACUGCCAAUCUCAGGGCAUCACUGUGACGGCGUACAGCCCCCUGGGCUCCCCUGACAGACCCUGGGCUUCGGCUGACGACCCACAACUCCUGGAGAGUCCCAUCAUUAAGGCCAUCGCGGAGAAGCACAAGAAGACGACGGCUCAGGUCCUGAUCCGCUUCCAGGUCCAGAGGAAUGUGAUUGCGAUCCCUAAGUCCGUCACGCCUCAGCGCAUUCAGGAGAAUUUCAAAGUCUUUGACUUUGAGUUGUCCGAGGAGGAAAUGAAAACCAUACAAGGAUUCAACCGGAACUGGCGAGCCUGUCCCAUGCAGUGGGGCACAAAUCACAAGGACUUUCCAUUCAAUGCUGAAUACUGAGCAUCCAUGGGGUUUGCAGUGACAGCUCAACGUUUGUAGAUUGAGCUUAAGAUGCACUUAAUGAGGCCUUGUGUCAGUACAGAUUUACACACUCCGCUCCAUUUAUUCAUUGUGCGUCUGAGUUUUGCACUAGUGUGGUAUAAAUUUAUAGUUUUUGCUUACAUUGGCUUUUGUCGUUAUGCUAUGGAAAAUAAGAACGUAGUUCCUCGUUGUCAGUUCUACGUCAUGCAGUGCAAGUGUCAGAUAUUUCAGUGAAACUGCAUUUGAAUUACACAAACUUGCCCAAAAAGUUUUUUUUUUUUUUUUUGUUUUUAGUAAAAAAAAACAUCAUCCUCCUUCAUUUAAACUUGUUUUUAUUCUUAAUUUGAAAUGUUGAAUCACAUGGGCUGUGGUGUCGGUGCCUUCGUUAUGCAUAACUGCAAACACUGCUUAGUGACAAAGGAGUUUUCCCUCAUUAGUGUUGCCCGUGGUAUGAAAUUAUUACUCUCUCUCUCUGUGUCAGCUGAGUACUUCAAUAAAAACAAAUCCUGUGGGGCAAAAAUAAAA